CAACAAAAGGUGCCAGCAAAAUGCGGCGGGAUCUGAUCAACGCUGAAAUCUCCAACCUCAGAGACUUGCUUCCUCUGCCACCCUCCACCCGACAGAGACUGUCACAACUACAACUCAUGGCACUUGUCUGCGUCUACGUCAGGAAAAUGAAUUACUUCCAACAAGUGUUCAAGAGUCACGAUUUCAGCUAUCAGUAUCAAGAGCAAGCGACUCCCACACCUAAUAUCGGAUUUUCAAAGGCAAUGAAUGGCUUUAUGAUGAUGAUGACACAAAAUGGGAAACUAUUGUAUAUAUCGGAAAAUGCUGCGGAGUAUCUGGGGCACUCGAUGGAGGAUUUAUUGAUACACGGAGAUAGCGUUUUCGAUAUAAUAGAUAGACAAGAUCACCAAACAGUGCAAUUAGAAUUAAACCGAGGAGGCAACGGCGAGACUGAAAAUGUACCAAAGAAUAGACAUUUCUUCUGUAGAAUGAACGUUUCAAGAAACGCUAGGAGGCAAAUGAGAUUUGGAGACCAAAAAGUAGUUCUUGUGCGGGGUCACUACGUGUCAUAUCUGCCGCUGUGCAGCCGCAACGAGCCGGUGUUUGUGGCGGUGUGCACGCCGCUCGCGAUGCCGGAGACCCGCGAGUGCGUGGUGCACGGAGCCACCAACGUCUUCACUACGCUGCACGCCAUGGACAUGAAGAUACUCCACGUUGACGCCAACGGCGAAUGGUACUUAGGAUGGAACAAAAAUGAACUGAUAGACGUAUCGUGGUAUCAGCUAAUACACUGGGAUAGUCUAAGGGAAGCACAGAGUAAACAUAGAUUAAUAACGCAAUCAGAACAGGAUAAGUGUUGUAUAUUAUUAGUGAAACUUCAACAGAGGAAUGGACAAUAUUUAUGGGUACAUGUCGUUUUGCAAGUCAAGGACGCAGCUGAUGCCCCAAGGCAGUUCAUCGUGGCUACAAACCAAGUACUGAGCGAAGAAGAAGCUUCGAUAAUGCUAGCUAACUCUUGGCUGUACCAAUACUACGGCUAUCAAAACCAGCCCUGUGGGAUUCUAGACCCGAGAUGUCAGAAGUUCUUCAGACGUGAACAGUGCUAUCCGGAAUACCAGGAUUACCCUUACGUGGAGAGCCAAGAAGUGGAAUACCCUGCGUAUCACGUGUCUUCAUACGUGCAUAAAGUUGAUGAGUAUAUGUGUGAGGGUGUGUACACUGAAAGAGGUCCCGUGGACUACUCAACGCAUUCACCGCAGUCUACCGUCAGCGAUGAUAGAUCACCGCAUCAUUACGAUUUGCCAGCCGACAUCGUAGUGAACAGUAAUAUGUACAUGUAUCCUUAUCAAGGCAAGAGGGAAUAUUACGAGCAAUAUCCAAGAAUUAAUUAUCAGGUCACUGAACCUUGCACUAGCACUGCUGUUGAAGCAAUAGACUACCCCGCUCCGAAACGCAUGCGUCUUGCAGCCCCUUUGACGUUAGAAGAAGAGUGUAUGGAGAGAUGGAACCCAAGUCCACCCUGGUCGGAUACCACCCUCAAACUACCGGAUUACGGGCAGAGAUUCACUUACAAUCACAUGAACAAUAUGCAACCCGACAGAGCUAUGGUUACUUAAACUAAUUAAAAUUUAUGCCUAUUUUUGUUACAUUUACUGAGUCGAUUAUUCGAUUAUUAUCAAUUACAAGACCUUUUUUGUGGGUAUUAGCCAAUAAACUUUCAUUUAUAAAUCGAUUUUUAAAUACAUUUGAAUAUAUUUUUAUGCAUUUUUGAAUAAUUUGUACGACACCUUACGCAUAGUAUACCUUACAAAAUUUAUACGAACCAUUCACGUACUGUAUGUGUUUUAUAAAAUUAGUGACGAAAAAUUGUAUUAA